AUGACAUCAACAAACAAAGACAGACCAAGAGCAGACAAGGACCUGGGCCUGGUCGAAACCAGGCACUCUCAACGGAUCAGGAACCAGUCCCAGCAAGCGGCGGAUAGGCGGUUUCAUCAGAGCCUUCCGAAGGCAGGGCUCUAUCCCUCGCACUUCUCUCCUUACCUGAUGAGACCCGACGGGAUGUCAAGCUCCAUUAUCGGCCUGUCCAAGGAGGAGGUGGAAGAGGACCUUGUCACGCUCAAGCUCAUGUUCCAGACCUACUUUGUGUCGGAGUACUAUGACGAAGCUGGCGUGAGUGACCAGCAGGUGUCUCUCUCAGCAGCUAGCAGAUCAGUGGACGUCCCCCACUCCUCUCCCUGUCCCCGACCUCACGUUCCAGCAACAAGCUUUCAAGCCUCGAUGCCUCCUGGCGGCUGCGCUCGGCACAUUCCGUCAAGGCAGCCACAGGUCAACGUGCCGGCAUCGAAGGAGGACCCGGCGAAAGGGACUCACACGAUAAAGCGAGCAAGGUUCGCGUGUGUUGCACCUCGCAACAGGAAGGAGGAGAAGGCGCAUUUCGAGGCGGCGAUUCGUGCUUCGAUGGUGAACUCGUUGAGAUCGACCGACCCGUGA